GAGGGGGAGGGCGAGGGCGAGGGCGAGGGCAAAGGCGAAGGGGAGGGCGAGGGUGAGGGCGAGAGAGAAGGUGAUGAUGUCGGAUCGGCCAGACAGCCGAGGGGAGUCGGUCGAGAAGCUAUGGUGCAGAGCCAGGGAAAGUCUCAAAAGGAUCGCCGUCGAUCUCCCGCGGAUGAGCGAUGCUUUGUUUAUAUCGGCAGGCGAAGGGGCAGGUUCUGCCAUCGCUGCGCACCUGGGGGCGACCAUGAUGGCGACGCUUUCCCCCGCAACCUACACAUGUUUCCAGUGUCGUCGGCACUUGUCGGGCCUGAAACAAUUUCGCCAAUGUUUGGCAGGCUGGUACGAACAAAGGCUGGUACGAACCAGUGCGGAGGGGAACGUGACAGUUUUGACGUAAAAACGGUGGAAUGGGCGGCAGCAGCCAUGUGUCGAGCAAUCCAAUGUGCCAAUGCGGUGGUGGAAAGGGCGGGCUUGAAACGGCCGAGUUUGACGCCGCCCGACUUGAAAUCGGGUCUCUGCUUGAGGCCCCGUCGCUCGGCCCGCGGGGCAAAGCAGGCGUGCUUCUGUGCCGACGGCUGCCAUCUGCGCCGCAGUCAUGGGGGCCGUUCAGCGCAAUGCUCAACACUAAAAAUCGCCCUGGCCGGCCCUGUCGGACCCCGUGCCGCAGAGCAGGCUCAACGAAACAGGCCGCCGCCCCUGCUGGGACGACCGCCGUUGACAUUUGCGGACGGUAUUUCGAAUUCGAUAUCCGAGUCCAAUUAAGUCUCAAGCGACCCCGACAACUCCUUUUCCUCUUUGAUACUAAUUCGGCUCAGGGGCGCAUCAUCAAGUCAGCCCAGUCGGCAGCUGUCGGAAGGGGCGCAUCUAAGCC